AUGGUUGGAAGACAGACGCUCCGGAUGGACAGCGGUAAUUGCUCCGGGGCGGUGGUGGAUGACAGCCCAGCAUCCAGUCCGAGCUCCAGCCCCAGUCCGGACGGUCGUCGUCGGGAGCUCCACCGGGCCAGAGUGCUCCAGACCGGCGGGCUCGGCGGCAGAGGUCGGCCGGCGGCAGCGAACGCAGCGCGGGAGAGGAGCCGGGUGCAGACGCUGAGAAACGCUUUCCUGGAGCUCCAAAGGACUUUGCCUUCAGUGCCGCCGGACACCAAACUGUCCAAACUCGACGUGUUGAUACUGGCCACCACCUAUAUUGCCCAUUUGACUCGAACACUACAAGAGGAAGGUACGGAGGAGGGAGAGAGCACAAAACAAACAGAGGCGUUACACUCACUGAAAGGUGAAGGCUACCUGCACCCAGUAAAGAAAUGGCCAAUGCGAUCCAGACUGUACGUCGGAGCCACCGGACAGUUCCUGAACACUUCAAGUCCUUCAGAGUCAGAGAAUCAAGGCCCAUCAUCGUCCACCUCCCAGUAACAGGCUUUAAUCAUUUGUAGGAAACGAGUUCAUAUCUGCAUGAGUUCAUGCUUUAUAGCAGCUUUAUGAUUGUAGAGCAAUUCGCCAAUCUGACUUUACUUCCACUAAAGCCCUGUACCAAUAGGAAGACGUUGUAAAUUAAUAUAUUACGUGAGUUUUAUUGUACAAAUUUUGAGGAAAGCACACAAUUAUGUUUCUCUGUUGUUGUUUUGGAUUAUCCUGUUUGCAUUGUGCAGAUCCACACAUGUCCCAGGUAUGAUAUUUGUAGAAAUUCCACGGGGUAGCCUGACGAGCCCGUCAUGCUUCAGUGUGCACUUUCAGUUGAGACAUUUGCACUAAAUGCAUGUGUGAAUAACUUAACAUCUGUCAUGUGAAGUGGUCUGUCAGAGAGUCAACAAUGGGGACUCUUCAUCUCAUGUUCCUCCUUAUUUUUACAUGCAUGGUUGUAAAUGUGUUUGUGAAUAAAUUACUUGACAAUGAAAAAGGACGAGUCUCCUACGAUUUUAAGGAUGACAGAAACUUUACAAAUGGGUCAUUUUCGAAAAGCAAAUUUGGGGAGAUAAAUAAUUCAAAACGGAAAAUAGCUGAAAUUCCAGAGGUGGUUGUUGUUGUUAUUAUUAUUAUUAUUGACGGUA